GUAGCAGGAGAGAGAAAACCAGCCAACAGAUCUCCCGCUUUUCGAUCAUUCCAAAGCUCUUUUUCAACACUGGUAAUAAAUAAGAAGUAGCAUCCUCGAUUUCAUCGAUUCAUAUUUUAAGCUUCUUUGACAAAAACCCACUGAUAAAAACGAGAGAUAGAGGGAGAGAGGAUUUCUCUAUUUCAAGCAGAUAGCUUCAACGAAACCGAAGAAACGAACCGCCGAUCGCAGCGAUUUUCUUUUACAGGGAUUGCUGCCUGUAUAAAUUUGAAUUUAAUUUAUUGAAGAAUGGCAGCAAUGGCAUCUCCAGGGCUGCAAAUAGCGACAAGGCCCUGUGUUUCUUUUUGUUGUCGGGAUUCUAAGACAAGAACUGCAAUUAUAGGGGCCGAUUUGAAAGGAGACCCACAGACUAAGUUUACAAGCUCUUCUCAUAUAUCCCACAUGCAACCAUUUAUCCGGAGCAUCACAUGCACCCCUGCAAGAUUCAAUAAGGUAGUCACAAAGGCAAUGUCUGGAGCCAGUGAGAAAGUGGCUGCUGCGGGAUUGCCCAUCGAUCUCCGAGGUAAAAGAGCAUUUAUUGCCGGAAUAGCUGAUGACAAUGGGUAUGGGUGGGCGAUAGCAAAAUCUCUUGCUGCUGCAGGUGCUGAAAUCCUCGUCGGCACAUGGGUGCCUGCGCUGAACAUUUUUGAGACCAGCUUAAGACGUGGGAAGUUUGAUGAAUCACGCAUCUUGCCAGAUGGUUCUCUUAUGGAGAUCACCAAAGUAUAUGCUCUGGAUGCUGUUUACGACAGUCCUGGUGAUGUGCCUGAAGAUGUCAAAACAAAUAAACGAUAUGCAGGAGCUUCAAAUUGGACUGUUCAGGAAGUAGCUGAAUUAGUAAAACAUGACUUUGGGAGCAUUGACAUCCUUGUGCACUCUCUCGCCAAUGGCCCAGAGGUCAGUAAACCUCUAUUAGAGACAUCCCGAAAUGGAUAUCUUGCAGCGAUUUCAGCAUCAAGUUAUUCCUAUGUGUCAUUGCUCAAGCAUUUUGUUCCAAUAAUGAAUCCAGGUGGUGCAUCAAUUUCUCUCACAUACAUUGCUGCCGAAAGGAUCAUUCCUGGAUAUGGUGGGGGCAUGAGUUCAGCUAAAGCUGCUCUAGAGAGUGAUACCAAGGUGCUUGCAUUUGAAGCAGGAAGGCGCCACAAGAUUCGAGUUAAUACAAUAUCUGCUGGUCCACUGAGAAGCCGUGCAGCCAAGGCCAUUGGAUUCAUCGACAUGAUGAUUGACUACUCAUCAGCCAAUGCACCAAUGCAGAAAGAACUGCUAGCAGAUGAAGUUGGAAAUGCCGCUGCAUUCCUGGCGUCACCAUUGGCUUCAGCAGUGACAGGCACAGUUUUAUACGUGGACAACGGGUUGCAUGCAAUGGGAGUGGGAGUUGACAGUCCGAUAUUCAAAGAUCUUGACAUCCCAAAGGAAGAACUCAAGAGCUAGGUAUGAUUUUAGAAAAAUAAAACACAAGAACUAGGCAGGCAUUUCAUUUGGAUUUUUGUUUUGGUGGGAAGAUAGCUUCUCUUUCCGGCUAUUUAUAGAGGAUUAGAACUCCUGUCUGUCACAUAAGAAACAGACUAGAUAGGAAAGAUGGAACUUGUGCAGCGCAAUUUAAUAGUGGAUAAUCUCAGCAAUAAAACGACACAGAUUGAUAA